AUGCGUCCUUCCAUUGCCCUCCGCGCCGCCAGAGUGCAAUUGACACUAUUCACCCGAGCCAACUGCGGGUUGUGCGACGUGGCCAAGUCACGCAUUGUCGAGGUCCAGAACAGGCGACCUGUCAACUACAGAGAAAUCGAUAUCAUGAGUCCCGGGCACGAGAAAUGGAGAGAUGUCUACGACUUUGACGUCCCGGUCCUACACGUGGACAAAGUUGCCGGCGGGAAAGAAGCCGGCGAAAGUGGUUUAUCGCUGGAGGCCGCCAAAAAGCUCAUGCAUCGAUUUACAGUGGAGGAGGUGGAAGAGGCUGUGGACGAGGUUGAAAAAGCAUCGUCUACGUGA